GCAGACAAAGUGGGAAUCGUUGAAGUCGAUUCCAUUCAAAACAACACAUGUUUGGGUAAAUAAAUAAAUCUGUGAUCUGGUCGUUAUCCUUGUGACUCAAUUUUGAAAAUAGAUUGAUUGGGGAUGGUGGAUGGACGAGAGAGUAAAUAAUCAAGAUUAAACUCACUAUUGAGAUUGACUACAAUUGGUAGUAAAUAAAAUUAUGAAUACCCUAAAACAACGACACAUAGAAGAUAGUUGUUAUUUCUGUGGGGGUGGCGACGAGGAUGGGAGGAGACCCUUUAGUGGAGUGGGUGGAAGUAUAAGCAUUCUGGAAACUUGGUCAUUCCGCUGUGUUGAAUCAAUUUCCUGCCUCUUUCGAAUUCCUGCCAACGAUCCAUUCCGUCAAAUCUUGAAGGAUGCCAAUUAUUGUUCAAAAUGCAUCCAAGUCGUUCGAGAUGUUGAUUUUACACUUCGUCUCUUUCGAAAAUUGCUUGGACGAUUAGAGGUAUUACAGAAGGACAUGUUGGACAAGGUGGCGCAGAAGGAGAUUAAUGAUUUUGGAGAAAAUUUGGAACGAGAAAUUUCUAAAUUGCUUCGGGAAGGAAGUGCUGAGGUUAAUGUUGGGAUUGAUCGGUUUAAGCAUUUACUAAAUUUGCAUUCCUUAAAUGAUUCUGAUAACGACGACACAAGACCAGUCCAACAUUCAAGCCGAGCUGUGAAACGAAAUAGAAAAUUUUCAAAUGCAGAUGACAACGUGAAAAUUGAAGAGGAAGAGAAAAACUACAUUAAUUUCAAUCAAGAAGAAGUUGAUUUACUAUUUAUGGAACAAGACCGGCUUAUUUUAUCAAUAGAGGACGACCACCAAGAAGACUUUGGAGUCCCUAAUCUUUCAGAGAAUUAUCAUAACGAUCAACCUUUUAAAUCUGAUGAUGAGAGUGAUGAUGAUUAUCAAAAUAGGCAUAGCAAUAAUAAGAGGGCUCAAACCCAGAAAAGUCUGAUAAAAGUCAAAAGAUUUCGGUGUUCCCUUUGUCCCGCAUUGUCCUUUGGAACUGACAUGGCCUUGAAUGGGCACAUGAGAGGUGUACACGAAUUUGACCCUCUCCCAUAUCAUUGUGACAAAUGUCCCAAAAAAUUCAAGCAGUUGAAAAGUCUGAAACGUCACACAGCCAGUAAAUGUAAACUUUUACUUAACACUGUUGAAAGUAGUGCCGAGCCUCGACCCAAAUCAGAACCUCAUCAUAUUUCGGACUCCAAGGUUGGAAAUCGACAAAGCCAACGCUCCUCUGCUCGUGUUGCAAACUUUGGAAUAAACAGAAUUACAGAAAAGGAGGACAAAGAUGAUGACACUACUAUUAAUUUACAUGGAAAUAACGAAUAUCCCUCUGAUAAAGAUGACGAUUACAGAGAAUCAGGAGAAGACGAGGAGGACAAUAAUGCUUCAGAUUUAUCUGAUAACUAUCGUAAAUCUCAUAAGGUUAGAAAGAACCGGGGUCAUACGGGCACAAAAAAAUUGCAGUGUCCCUUAUGUCCGGCCUCAUUUCUGUCAGACACCACUUUGAAAGGACAUCAACGUGGAGUUCAUGAAAAUGACCCUUUCCCAUUCCAUUGUACGAAGUGUCCCAAAAAAUUCAGGAUAUAUAAAAGUCUGAAUUCUCAUAGAAGUUUGAAAUGCCAAAAAGAAUUUCCCAACCCACCACCAAAUAUACCUUGUCCCUCUUGUUCCAAAAUGUUUUGUACAAAUUCCACCCUCAAGAAGCACACGAAGCAGUUUCACUCCCAAUUAUACUGCAGUUUCUGCACCUUAAAUUUCUCAACUUUAGAAGAGGUCAGGGUCCACGAGAAACUCCAUGAAAAUUGUGACCAACCAUUCAAAUGCGUCCUCUGUGAGGCGUUGUUCUCCAAUUCGUUGAAGUUAAACGAUCAUGUCGCAUUAUCCCAUGCCAACAACAGAUUCGUUUGUGACAUCUGUGGAGUCAAGUUUGUCACAGAAAAAUCGCUUCAGAGACAUCAGCAAACUCACAGCGAAUCCUACGUCGGACAUAAGUGUGAAGUAUGUGGACAUGUAUUCCAAAGCGCGUCGGUCUUAAAACAACACAUGAAUAAGCACUCAGCCACAAAAAACUUUACGUGCGAAAUUUGUGGGGCCGGUUUCAAGUAUCCUUCUGGGCUAAAAGUGCAUAGGAUAAGUCAUGAACCGAAGGCAGAGCUUCCGUAUGUAUGUAAAAUAUGUGGUAAAACUUUCGCCUGUAAACAGUUCCUCCUGAAACAUGAAGAAGUCCAUGCCAUCAUUUUGUCCUACGAAUGCCCAACGUGCGGUAAGAAAUUCAAAGCGACGAACAACUUGCGACAACAUGUCUUGACUCAUGAGCCGAAGGAUCCACUUAGAAAGAAAAAAGUCAGGAAGAGUGGUCAGCGGAGAGGGAGAGAGAUAAUUAGGAUGGAUGAUGAAUUAGAAAAUGACCUCGAAGACGCACCUGUAAUUGAGGUAACAAGUGGUGGAGAAAGAGUAGUUAGUUAUUUUAUAAACUAUCCUCUUUUGUAGAGCGGAAAGGGUGGAAAGUUUUAAUAAAAUAUAAUGAGAUUAAAGCUGUAAUAAGAAUUA